GACUCACUCAGUUCAAACAUUCCUCCCUACGUUUAACACAACCAUUAUCCGGUCGCAAUGCACUUUCUGCGAGUGUUGUCCCUGUCUAGCCUCGUGGCUCUGGCCGCUGCUGCGCCGCUAGCGUCCAAAUCUGAGAUUGCCGCUCGCGAUACCUCUGGUGACUUGACCGGUCGCAGCCUGACUCUCCUAGAGAGAGCCGAUGAAAUCGAACCCGACAAGAAGAAGAAGCAAAAGCCUGCUGGCUACUUUGGCGGCCGCAGCACGACCCCUCCGGAAAGUGCCGAUGAAGUCCAAUUUGAUGAGUAGCUGGACUCCUCGCUGGUGACUGCCCAGGCAGACGAUACGGAGUAUGUUCGUAUGCGUGUUCUGCAGGAGGGACGAAAGUCAAGCGACGUUUUCGAUUGGCAUGGCUCGAACAGUGAAGCACGAGGCGAGGAGAGGAUGGGCCAAGGGGGAUUCCUGGAACUUGAGUAGCCGAGGUGGAUA